AUGCGUCCAGGACCUUCGCCUUUCCUCCUGCUCCGCUUGCAUCGAGCGUCACUAGCGUCUCAACGCCGAGCAAAUUCCACUUUCAAUCCGAAUCCUGAAGGAUUAUCGUAUUGGGCACGGUUUCGACCAGCUCUCCCGACCGUCAUAGCGUGGACGAUUAUCACUUCUCUCGCUGCCCAAAUGUUGACCAUCAAGACAACAUCACUAGAAUUCAAAGUGAAAGCGACGCAACAGAUACACAGCUUGGAAAGGAUGAUUGAACGGGUCAGAUUGGGUGAAGAAUUAAGUGAUUCUGAGAUACGGCAAGAGUUGGAAUUGGUUGGCCUGAGAGAAAGAAGAAAGGUGGAGAUUGGUACCGAUGGGAAGGCCGAAGAGUAUAGAAAAGUUAGCUGGAGAGAAGCUCUGAUGGGCAGAAAAGGAAAGAGGAAACAAACCAACGAAGAGGUUGAACAGGAGUUCAGAGAUUUCAUGUCGAGCGUGGAAGAUAUACAGCCUUCGCCCAGGCCUUUCACGAUAACCCCAGCUCAGGUGGAGAAUAAUGUCGGUCGAGAUACACAGCCUGUUCCGUCGCCAGGCAAUCGUAGUCGUAAAGCUCCAACGGGCAUGUUCAUGUAA